CAACAACAUCUUGAUUAAUGUAACAUUCAACAUUUGGAAUUUGAUAAUGAAAAAUUUUCAAAGUUGCAGUAUCUUUUUGUUUCUGAAUUAAACUUGAAUAGCAAAAUGAGUUCGAGUGGUUUCAAUUCAGCCGUUAAUUUUGAAGAAAGAAAACCGUUCCAUAUCGAAAACAAUGUAAAAGUGAAACCGAAAACAGAAAUAAAACCAAAAACAAAGAAGGAACAAAACUGGAUAUUUCGAAGAGUUCAUAUUUUAACAUGGAUUAAAACAUACGAUAGCAACAAAGCUUUAGCUGAUUUAAUUGCUGGUGUUACCCUUGGUCUAACUAUAAUACCUCAGAGUAUAGCAUAUGCUGCACUUGCAGGACUUUCAUCCCAAUAUGGUCUUUAUUCAUCAUUUGUUGGAUCUUUUGUAUAUGUUAUUUUUGGAACUAUUCCGCAAGUGUCCAUUGGACCUACCAGCUUAAUGGCAUUAUUAACACUUAAAUAUACAAUGGAUUUACCAAUUGAAUUUACAGUUGUAUUAGCGUUUAUAUCAGGAGUUAUAGAGUUGGCAAUGGGAGUUUUAAAUUUAGGUUUUGUUGUAAGCUUUAUAUCUCAUCCCGUAACUAGUGCUUUUACAAGCGGAACAUCUGUGGUAAUUAUUUGUGCGCAGUUAAAAAAUUUACUGGGAAUAAAAACUAAAAACAUUGGCCUGAAUCCAUUGAACUAUCUGAACAAAAUUUCUUUGGGAGAUUGCACCUUGGGAUUUGUCUGCAUUUGUAUACUUUUAUUGCUUCGGCAACUGAACGCAAUCAAAUUUAGAACAAAUAACAAUUCUAAAAAAAUAUUAAAGAAAUGUUUAUGGUACAUCAGUAUAUCAAGGAAUGCAAUUGUCGUGUUUGGUUCAUCUUUAUUAGCGUAUUAUUUAGCUAACAAUAUUGACGACCGUUCGUCCAUUCCGUUUACUUUAUCUAAAAAAGUUAAUUCAACAAUGCCUACUAUUGAGCUUCCACCAUUUGUUAUAGAAUACGAAAAUGUUUCCUACUCAUUUUCAAGUAUUUUAAGUGAACUGGGAAGUGGUAUUGUAGUUGUGCCUAUUGUUGCAGUGUUAGCAAACGUAGCAAUUGCUAAAGCUUUUGUCAAGGAUUCAACAUUAGAUGCAUCACAGGAAAUGCUUACGUUGGGAAUGUGCAAUAUUGCAGGAUCUUUUUUUAGUGCAAUGCCUACAUGCGGAGCAUUUACAAGGUCAGCGGUCAGUCAAGCCAGUGGUGUAAGAACACCAUUUGCUGGAGUGUAUACAGGUACACUUGUUUUACUUGCACUUGGGACUCUUACCCCUUAUUUUGAAUACAUUCCCAAAUCAACACUCUCAGCAGUUUUAAUAUCUGCAGUGUUGUUUAUGUUGGAUUUUAAUACUUUAAAAGAACUCUGGAGAAAAAACAAAAUGGAUUGUUUCAAUUGGAUUUUAGUUUUUGUUGUUUGCAUUUCUUGGGGCGUUGAAAUCGGACUGCUUCUUGGAAUUGUAGUGAAUUUCUUUUUUGUAUCCAUUCGUUUAACAAAUCCGAAAAUUGAUGCAGUUUUGAAACAUCAUGACGGGUAUUAUUAUAUUCAUGUAAUACCUUGUUCAGAAAUAUACUAUUCUGGUGCCGAUCAUUUUCGAUCUACGAUAAAAUCAAUAUGUGUUGAAAAGGACUACUUGUAUCCUAUUGCUAUUGACUGUCAAAAAUUGACACAAAGCGAUUAUACAAUAUUGCUGGUUCUUAAAAAUAUAAUUAGUGAUCUACAAGAGAAAAACGUUCAAGUUUAUCUGCAAAACAUUAAUUUAACAACAAAGAAGAAUUUACUUGAGACUGAAACUAAUGUUGUAUUUUGUAACAGUGAUAUUGAACUACAAUUGGCAAUUUCAAGCUAAUAUUUAGAGUAAAGCCUAGCAUGCAGAUCGAGCUAAAUGUUUAUAUUCUUUUUUCUCAUUUUUAACGCAUCAAAUUAGAUGAGAAUGUCAGUUUUCUGCAGCAGGAUGUUUUUUUUAACGCUAAGCAGCUAAGAUAUAGAUCGAUCUGCGUACUAGGCAAAGAAAGAAACCAAUAAACAAAUUUAAUCAACACUUC